AUGAAUGGCACGCCCCGCCUCCCGUCUGCAUUUCCUCAGACGCCCCAGACUCUUCCACAAAGGAGAAGGCUCUUUGAGACCCCGACGCGCUCUCAGCCUCGCGACACACGAUCUCCUCUAAAGUCCUCCCUCAAGUCCGUCAAGUCUCCAUCCAAAUCCCCGUCCAAGGCUAUCCAACAACGCCCAAAUGCGACGCCGUUGAUCCCCGUCGACGUGGUCGACGCUCCGUCGCAACGCCUCUAUGUGGUCGCUUUCUAUCUGGCGCUGAAUGCCUGGCGAGUGUAUGAGUCGUGGACAGCGUCUGACGAUCUGGAUGCGACCUGGUUGUUUCUGAAGUGGGUGUCGGUGGAUGGCUUCUUUUUGUUUGGACUACAGGCGUUGCGCAUCCCAUGGCUGGAGUGGGCAUUCCCCACGACGCUGUCGCUAUUCCUACUCCAUGCAGUGGGCAACAUCUUUUUGAUGUUUCGCAUACCGAUUCCGAUGGGCGCCUGGAUUGGAGGAAUGGUCAAGGUCGCCUAUGAUCGCGAACUCUCCAUCUCGGAGCGGAGGGUCAAACCCGGAGAUAUCAUACACAAUGCGUCCUUGAUUUUGGGGAAACAAAUCGUGCACAUUUUGCCCGAAGGGUCGGCUGUUCUGAACCCCGAUCGCGAGGCGCUUUGCAUUGACUCUCAAAGAAACACGGUUAACCUCCCGAUUCGCGUCAAUCAAACCGAUCCCAUCCUGAUCGAGGUGUUGCGACUUGAUUUGAACACAGGCGAAAACGAAACUCUGACGAUCCCGGCAAAACAAGUCAAGCAGCUGAAACGCCAGGCGGACAAGCGGCAUGCAAACCGAGCGCCUGUCGCCCAUCGGGAUCUACUCUUACCCGUGAAGAAGACGGGUAUCUAUCGUCUACAGCGGGUGGUGGAUGAAUCUCAGCUGGAUGUUCACACGCGUACAUCUGACGCACUCGUCGUCUCUUGCCCGCGAGCGCUGAUCAAGAACUCGCAUACGAACAAAUGUAAGGGGGAACUGUCCAACCUGGUUCUCGAAGUUGAGGGAACACCGCCCUUGAAGAUCAAGUACAGUCGCCAAGUUAACCACCUCGACCGCGGGUUCUCCUUCCAGAACAUUCAGCCUGACAAUCUCCGCUCUCCGCUGCUGAAUCAGAGGGCCAGUGGCGCUCUUUUCAGUGAGACUCAACCAGAUAUCUCGUGGGCCCAAAGCCAGAAGAUUGACCUGCCUUUGAAUGAGUCGCUGAAUGUGGGUGGAGAGUGGUUUUACACUAUUGAGGAAGUUCAUGAUGCUCUUGGGAAUGUCGCCAAUUAUACCACUCUCUUUGAUGACGGUGAUCGGCCAUCUGCCAAGUCAGUGUCGCAGUGGCACCAAUUCUCCGUCCAUGAACGCCCGCGACUGUCUCUAUCUGGAUGCAAUGACCAACGUCCACUGCAAGUUGCUCGGGGAGAUAGCGUGAACCUACCUGUCAACUUCCACGAUGUGGGAAACGGUUACGUUGGGGAUGGGCCAUUCUCCGUUGUCUACUCGUUCAGAGGCAGUGACGAUGCCCCGAAAGAUGCCCGGACUCUUGUGUUGAAGCAUUUGGAUCAGAAAACUCCCAUUAAGGAGCCGGGCUGGUAUGCCUUGACGUCUGUCUCUAGCCAGUACUGCCCAGGCGACGUUCUGGAGCCCUCGUCGUGUUACUUGCACAAUCCUCCAGAACCGGAACUAGCUGUUCGAUCUGAGAAGAUCUUCGACCGAUGUGCCAACAACGCCGUCGGCUUGCUCAUUGACCUGGACUUGACGGGCUCUCCACCAUUUCGUCUCCGAUACAGUAUUGAAAGCAGCAAGGGCGCGGUGACAAAAACCCAAAAGAUCGACGGAUUAAGAUCUCAACUCGACUUCACUCCAUCAGAGGCUGGCUACUACCGGUAUCGUUUCUUGGACAUUGAAGAUUCCAUCUAUUCUCCGCGGUCCCUGAAGGAUCAAACUCCGAUUCUAGAACAAGAUGUGAAACCACCAGCUUCGGCCCAUUUCAUUGGGUCGAGAGAAGCGCGCAAGACUUGUUUUGGCGAAUCGGUCUCUGUGGACGUGUCUUUUCUAGGAGAAGCUCCCUGGACAUUGCAAUAUGAGCUCGUUCACAAUGGGAAGAGGUCUAAACACACUCUCGAAUCUGAAACGGAGAUGGCGACCAUCAUCACCGACAAGCUAGUUAGCGGCGGCGAAUACACUUUAGCUUUGACAAGUGUCAAGGACAAGUCGAGCUGCAAACGGAACCUGAAGGACAGUAUUAAGAUCGAUGCCCGAUCAAAACCUCCUCAGGCCUCUUUCGGCCAGAUUGACAAGAAGAGGACUGUAUCAGCACUGCAGGGCACCAAGGUCGAUAUCCCGCUACGAUUGAGCGGCCAACGGCCGUGGACGGUGAAAUACAAAAACGUCGAUGUCAACCCUUCGCCCGUGGAGAAAACGUUCUGGGAAGAAAAUAGCGCCCUGAGUGUGGAUAGGGAAGGUCUCUAUGAGCUCGUCGAAGUGUUUGACAGCUCGUGUCCUGGUUCUGUGGUCCAAUCUGCGAACGAAUUCGAAGUUUCGUGGAUUCCUCGACCACAUAUCAGCGCUGUGGAUGGUUCCUCAGUUGGAAAAACAGGCUCGGUUGUCAAGCCUGAAGUGUGUCAAGGCGACGAUGAUACUCUCGAACUCCGACUCUCCGGCAAUCCUCCGUUCAGUCUUCAGUACGAACAGCGCCGAAAAGCGGAUCGUGGGGCUCCUUCCGUGAGAUCGCGCAAUCUCAGAACCGCCCUUCAUGUGGCUUCGAUGGAGAUGGACACGUCGGAGCCCGGUCAAUACACCUACAAGUUUACCCAAGUUGGCGACAACCUCUAUGAUCAUGACCCGAAGCGCAGCCCCCUGCUGGUCACUCAACAGGUGAACUCGCUCCCAUCUGCCAAGUUUGACUCUCCGGGUCACAUCUAUGGCUUCUGCAAGGAGGAUGCCAGUGGUGAAGAAACCGUCCCCGUCACUCUGGAAGGAAUCCCACCCUUUUCGCUGGAGAUCAUGAUCAAGCAUCAUUCAAACGCAAAACCGGAGAUUGUCACCAUUCCAAAAGUCAACUCCAACAGACACAACCUGCUCAUCCCUCGGCGUCAUCUGGACCUGGGCCAACAUGUGGUCAGCAUUCACAAAGUGCGCGAUGCACGUGGAUGUCAACGAACCACCGAGUACGACGCCUCUUCGGUUCGAGUGGCUGUGUCGGACGUGCCGACCAUCAUUCCGCUCGAAUCCAAGACCGACUACUGUGUAGGUGAACGUCUUUCGUUCUCGCUCUCGGGACAUGCUCCAUUCGAUGUAUUCUAUACCUUCAACGGCGCCCAGCGGAAGGCAACCUCGCAAAACACCAACUUCCGUCGCAUUGCCGAGCGUCCCGGUGAGUUCACCAUCACCGCAGUCAGCGAUGGGGCCAGUGGCAAAUGCAAGGCCCACAAGGACAUCACCAAGGUCAUCCAUGAGAUGCCCAGCGUGCGCAUCAGCAGAGGCCAAACCUCUGUGGUGGACAUCCACGAAGGUGGAGAAGCGGACCUUCAUUUCGAGUUUUGGGGAACGCCCCCUUUGAGUUCACCGAUUUUCCCGUACAGGUACAUUCGAAGCUCCAAUGUCCGGAAGGGGAAGAAGUCGGAGGUGCUUGAUAUCAAGCAUGAUAUCUCUUACGAGCAUCAUAAAACCGUGAAAACCUCCGACGAAGGCACAUACGAAGUCGUCGCUAUCAAGGACAAGUUCUGUUCUUUCUCUUCUCAGGUGCCGUCGGGCAAAGCGGGCCAGCCGGCCGGGUCUUGA